AUGCAAGUCGCUCCCCUAAUCUGGAACUACAUUGAGCUUUUUGUCUUCCCCCCUCUCCGCAGGAAUGACACGAAGGAGGAUGUGUUUGUGCACCAGACGGCAAUAAAGAGAAACAAUCCCCGUAAAUUCCUGCGCAGUGUUGGUGAUGGGGAGACAGUGGAGUUUGAUGUUGUGGAAGGAGAGAAGGGCGCAGAAGCAGCCAACGUGACCGGCCCGGGGGGCGUCCCCGUGAAAGGCAGCCGCUAUGCCCCCAACCGCCGCCGUUUCCGCCGGUUCAUCCCCAGGCCCCGGCAGGGCCAACAGCCGCAGGACGCAGCCCGGACAGAUGGGGUCACCGAGACGGUCAGCGAGGGGGAGAGGGCCGAUGAUGUGGUGCAGCAACGCCCUCGGAGGAGGCGUCCCCCGCCGUUCUUCUUCCGCCGGAGAUUUGUGCGGGGCCCUCGGGCUCAGCAGCAGGGGCAGCCCAUGGAAGGCACCGAGAGUGCAGAAGCCAAAGAGAUCACCCAGCCUGAGGGAGACCAGCAGCAGAUCCAGGCUGGGGAGAGGGCCCCAGCGCCUCGCUUCCGUCCCAGAUACCGCAGACCUUUCCGCCCCCGCCCACCACAGCAACCCACUACGGAGGGAGGCGAUGGGGAGACCAAAGCAGCGCAAGCCCCAGCUGACAGCAUCCGUCCCGAGCCCCAGCGCCAGCGCAAUCGUCCUUACUUCCAGCGUAGACGCCAGCAGACGGCUGCAGCCCGCCAGACUACAGCGGAGGCUGCAAUGGCUACCAAGGAGCCACCUGCCCCAAGUUCUGCCGCUGCGGGCGGUGAUACUCCGGCCAGCAGCACUCCUGCGAUGGCUCAGGAAGCACCGGUGGAAGCCAGCAAGCCGACUUCCCCAGACCAGGAGGGUCCCGCUCAGCCGCCGCCAGGAAUCCGGCCGCAGCUUGUGGAUAUUUCAACACCAGAACCUGGGGGAGAACUUGCCCCAGCCCUACUGGCAUGAUGGAUCUGCACACGGUGAGGGGAUGCCAAGAGCUGUGAUCUGGUGUCCACAAUGUGCCUGCAACCCAAGUUACCUCAUCCUGCACUUGAAGAGACCCCAAACUUCACCAGUCCCACCCCCCUUUUUGCUGCUGUUGAAGUCCCACUUGAAAAGAAAAAAAAUUAAACCUGAGGGGGGAAACCUGACCAAAAAAAAAGAAAAGUCACUUUGCUUUAAAAUCCUUGUGAGGGGCUUGCCUUCCCCCUCCCGCAGCUUUUGCCAGUUUGAGAGAAAGAAACUGGUUGUUGAAUCUUCAGUUAAUUUUUUCUCCCCCCGUUGUUGAAGAACACCCUGUGUGAACCAUUGCGUGCAGUUUGGGCGUCAGUAAAAAAACAAAAGCACA